GUGCAGCAAGUCCACAGCAGCAGCCGUUUCUCCCGAAACGCACGCGUUCGCGAGCAAGUGUUGUUGUAUGCACAGAUUACCGCAGCUGGGUGCAGAAUACACAACGCAGCAACCUUCACUAAGAGCGGGCAAAGGGGACCAUCGCGAGGAAAUUUCUCGGGAGGGCGGUGAGAGUACAGGGAGACGUGACAGAGAGUCAAGGGGGAGAAAUAGGUGUGUGAGAGAGAGAGGGAGAGAGAACGACCGACACAGAGAGAGCCAGUGCAGCAUACAACGGGGGCCAAGGCACGAGAGAAUCCGCUAAUAAUCGACCACAUCGAGGAGACACCGAUAGAAGACAUUUACAGAUGUGUAAGCACAUCAUCAACGCGAAGGUCAGCAUUCAAUCCCCGUGUUGUAAGAGAUGGUACGAGUGCCCGGAGUGUCACGACGAGCGUGAGAAUCACCCCCAACGUAUAAGUGCAAAAAACGUGGCGUUCGCGUGCAAGACGUGCCGGAAGAUUUUCGUGAAAGAUCUCAGCAUCUACGGUACAGAGGACAGCGCUUGCCCGCACUGCGAGACGGUGUUUGUGCUACCUGCGGUGACUCCCGAGGCAAAGGUGGCGCAACUCGCGCUGAGCAUACUAGCGGCGGAGGUGUCCGCUGAAGUGUCAAAGUUCUGAAAGAGAUUGCGUGCGUGUAAACUGUUGUGGGGGGUUGUACAAGUACCCCUCCAAGAGACUGUUGGAGCCCCUUGACUACGUUGGACCAUGUCAUUCGCCGCCCGCAGUGCGUACUUUCUGGAAGUGGAGGAGCAUCGUAUAGCGGAGCGCGGCUAUGCGCAGGUUGGUCUCUGACGCAUGUUAUAUGUAGAAGGGGAUGCGUCUUUUUGUCAGACGAAUUGCACUCGUUUU